AUGGCUAAGAGAUCUCAUAAAACCACUUCUUCUUCUUCUUCUUCUUCUACCACCACCAUGCUCAAACGUAAACGUAAAACCAUCCCUAGAAACUCACCUCCACAAAGAAGCUCUAUCUAUAGAGGUGUCACAAGACAUCGUUGGACUGGUCGAUAUGAAGCUCAUUUGUGGGAUAAGAAUUGUUGGAACCAAUCACAAAGCAAGAAAGGAAGACAAGGGGCUUAUGAUGAUGAAGAAGCUGCAGCACGUGCCUAUGACUUGGCAGCAUUGAAGUAUUGGGGCCAAGCCACAACUCUAAACUUUCAAGUAUCAAAUUAUCAAGAGGAGCUGAAAGAGAUGGAGGGACAAUCAAAAGAAGAAUAUAUUGGAUCCUUAAGAAGAAAAAGCAGUGGAUUUUCAAGAGGAGUCUCAAAAUACAGAGGUGUAGCAAGACACCACCACAAUGGAAGAUGGGAAGCUCGAAUUGGCAGAGUCUUUGGCAACAAAUACUUAUACCUUGGAACUUAUGCUACACAAGAAGAAGCAGCCAUAGCAUAUGACAUGGCAGCAAUAGAAUAUAGAGGACUUAACGCGGUUACAAAUUUUGAUCUUAGUCGAUAUAUCAAUAAUGAUAACAACAUCAAUCAUAAUCAAAACCCUAGCAAUAAUAAUCGUGAGCUGGAUCUCAAUCAAGAACUAGUUGAUGCAGGUGACACGUCAAUGACAUCUUCUGAUGUUGAUCUUAUCUUAAACUCGUCAAAAUUCAAGGAAAUGUUAGAUAUUACAACUACUCCGUCGUCUUCGAUUGAAGAUAGUUACACUCCGCCGCUUGUUGAGUCAAAUCCGCCGCAUCGGAAUUUUCCUGAAGAUAUUCAAACAAUCUUUGAAACACAAUAUUCAAGCAUCUACAGUGAGAAUGAUGAUGACUUGAUAUUUGGUGACUUGAUCUCAAUUGAUGCACCAAUUUUUCAUUAUGGCCUUGAUGCUUGA